UGCUAUUGUCUUAUUUAUCCUAGCAGCCAGGACAUGGCUUGAGUGAGAGACUGGAAUUAGUGAUGUGCAGGUUGACCAGUGACCCGUGGGUUGAACACCAGUUGGGAGGGUUCUUGAUGAUAUUUGGCCAACCAUUGCAAGUUAGGGUUGGUUGCGGGUCAGACUGGCGAAAUACACUUCUCCACUGCUCCCAAAGAUUCCCUGUCUUUGAACCAGAAUUUAGCACAGAAGUAGCAUACAAAGCAAGACAAUGCCAGUACAAUGCAGGUCCUACAAUGGCAGCAUUUUGUGGGUUAGUCAGGGUGCAGGUCAGGCCCAGACUGGCCAUUUGUGAAUACGGGCAAAUGCCCGUUGGGCUGCUGCCUCUGUAUGGUAAUUGGGCCGCACGGACAGUGUGCUCUGGUGCACAGGGCCAUUGCGCUCAGAUAAAGAGAGUCCCCCGCAUGUGUGCAGCGCGUGCAGAAAUUUAAUUUAGCAGGACCCGCACUAAAAUUUUCUACCACUAGAGGGCGUGCAGCAGAAGUGAGCCGGAAACUGAAGGGGAAAACAUUAGCAAGUUUGCAGUGCUUUUGAAACGCCCCAUUAAUUCUGCUGAUGAAGGGAGGGAUGGAAUUUUCUGCUGCUGUUCUGCAUUUCCCCCCUUGCCCCCCCAACUGUACAGAGAAAGGGCAGUGGUGCCUUCUAUUCCUUGUUCUCGGCUGGCCCUCAUUGGAAACAUUCUUCUUCCACAUCGUAUCCUGCACUCUUUAGCUCAUGUUGUCAUGGGGGUGCUGGCCUCCUGGUGCUGUGCUGUCAUGAGUAAAGGGAAAUAUCAACUUCUAGUUGUUUCCUGCACUUCACUACAAAGUGAAGAUGAAGCAGACAGAACUUUUCUUUGCCUCAAUGAGAGCCACCUCUUUCAAUUGUUGUGUGGUGCUUUCUUUGGCUAUAGUUACAGCCUCCAGUAUUUUGUUCACAACAUGAACUUCUUGUCCUUCCCAUCUAUACAGCAAUACAAGUACCUGCAAUUUAGAAGAUGUCUACCACUUAUUAUUAAACAGAGCGGUUUACAGGCUCUGUAUUUCAUUCGCAACUACGCCGUUCUCUACUAUUUCCUUGGCAACAUUCCACGAACAUGGAUACAAACGUCACUAAACCUUCACAUGGACAGGCAGCAACCCUCACUUGACACACUAAGGGGACUUCUGAAUGUUUCAUUAUUUUACCAGACAUGGUUGUCUGCCACUUUUCUGCUUGCCACUUGGUACAUGAUCUGGAUUCUCUUCAGAAUUUAUACAACAGAGGCUCGUAUCUUCCCUGUACAGACCUCCUUUACAGAGGAAGCAGAAAAAUGCCUUCCUUUCAUUUUGAAUAGUAACACACUUCCUCUCGUAAAGUAUUUGGCCAUGCAAGAUCUUGUGUUGCUGUCUCAGUAUUCACCAUCUAGAAGACAGGAAGUGUUUAGCCUGAGCCAGCCAGGUGGGCAUCCCCACAACUGGAUCGCAAUCUCCAAAGAAUGUUUGAAUUUACUGAGCAGCUUGACAUCCAGAUUAGUUGCUCAUCAGGAAGCUGCUGCAAGUAAUGGACGGAUCAGAGUUCCAUCCUCCCCUAAGCAGACUAGGAAGUCCUCGAGCAGCUCAGGUGCAUCUCUUAUUGAAGACUCUGCUGAGCAAACUCAGAACUUAAAUAUAAUUCCUAGAGCAGGUAUCCCCUCUCUACUAAAGACUACCUCUCUAAAAUCCUCAUUGGACACUGGAAGCCCAUUUACAACCCCUGGAGUCAAACGAGUGUCUGAAUCCCUGGACCCAAAUUCUCCAUGGCAUGGCUCUGUCCAAAGUCCCCACGUCAUGAGAAGGGGUGCAAAGCUGUGGACUUCAGAUUCUGGUGUUCAGAGAAAUGGCUCUGAGGUUUCCUCUCUUUCCCCGGUAACACUUAGCCCUGCAUGUAAUGGUGCAAAGCAGGGAAUUCUCUAUAUGUGUUUUCAGCACAAGCUUGAUCAAAUCAAAAACUUCUUGUCAAAGAGAGGUCUCCUUAUUUACCUGUUUAGUAAGCAUCCAGAGGCUUCUAGUCAGGAUGUAUUUGCUGAUGCACAGAUCCAUAUUUGGGCACUGGAAGCAUUAUCUCACCUUGUGGCUGCAUCUUUCUCAGAAGAUAGAAUGGGAGUAGUACAGACUUCCCUUUCCAAUAUACUUGCAACUUUCUUUACCUUGCAAGAGGCUGUGGAAAAGCAUUUUAAAUUACCCCAUGCAUCCAGCAAGCCAGCCAGAAACCCUGGUAGUUUACUGGAUUGUUCCUACAAGACACUGAGGUUUUCACUCCGAGCUGCUCUGAAAACCGCAAUCUACAGGAUGACCACAACCUUUGGAGAACACUUACAUGCUGUUCCUGUGUCAUCCGAGCAUCAGAAGAAACUUCAGCAAUUCCUUGACUUCAAAGAAUAAAUUCAGAGCCCAAGUUUUGUUCAGCACUUUUCCUGCUUCUGUGACCAAGCAGGACAUAAAUAAAUCCAACCAGAGAUGUUGGGAGAAGGCAAAACAGAAAUAUGUAAGCAGCAGUAUAUGUGAAGAUGGUUCUGGUCUAUUUGGUGACAAUACAAUAAGAAGGUUACAUACACACACCAUUGCUCUAAUUUGAAAAAAAAAAAAAAAACAUUUGCAAUGUUGUAUGUAAAAGGCCACAAUCUCUCCUCUGCUGCUAUUUACUUUUAUGGAGUUGUUAAGGUUAGAAGAGAUGUCGGCUCUUUUGUUCAUAUUUAACUGAAUUUAUAAUGGAUCAGUCGAAUUAUGUCAUGAACAAAGUUUCCUAAAAAUAAAUAGCACAAGCGCUUCAUAUAAAUAAAUAGAAACAAAAUUGCUAUCAAAAACAGGUCAUUGGUUCACUGUAUUGUUGAUUACCACUAAGAACAGGCAUAUAUUAUGGGGUUGUUAAAGUUGCACAGUCUGUAUAUUUUUCACACAGCCUAGUAACUAGCCUUAUACUACUAAUUUACAAAUCCCUCUAUAAACUAUGGUCAGAGUUAGAUUGGUUGCACUAAGCCAUCAUGCCUAGAAAUGGAUAUGGUUUUGAGAAAUUUGGUUAACCUGUUGUUUAACUAAAAUAUUUUUAAUAUUUUUUGCAACUGGCCUCACCUCAGGACAGUGCACUUACCUGAGUAGUAGUGUAAUGACCAAGGCAUACUAAGCUGUGUAAGUAAUGUGCUAUUUACAAAACCCACUUUGUAUGGAUAUUUUUAGUGGAAUCUUUAUAUGUUCUUUUGCAACUCUAUUUUUCCUUUUCUCGUUUUUUCUUCUUUAGCAUUUUGUGAUCUUUUCUUUUUCAGCUUUGUUCUAUGUUUUGUAUAUGUGAAUUUUAAAUAAAGUGCAAUCACCAGA